UGCCCAGGUGACAUUCUGACACUCUCCUGUUGUCGUGGGAUAUCCAUAGGCAGGUCAGACAGAGACCAGUGCACAGUGCUAACUGGCAUCAGUGGAAGAACCUUCCCUGCACAAGAGGACAAGAUGGUAAAGCUCAUCUUCUGCGCUGUGGGAUUCCUGCUGUUGUUACAAGCAUACAAUGUUUUAAGCCAGGACUACAAGAUAGUUUGUUACUACACAAACUGGGCACAUAAACGAGGAAACUGCAAGUUCCUACCAGAAGAUAUCAACCCCAAGUUAUGUACACAUCUGAUCUAUGCCUUUGCUGUUAUUGGCAAGAACCAUGAAAUGGUCCCACAGCAGACAGAGGAUGAAAACCUCUACGAGUCAUUUAAUAAUCUGAAAAAACGAAACCCAAACUUACGAACACUCUUAUCCAUUGGAGGCUGGAAUUUCGGAACUGAAAAGUUCACCGCCAUGGUUUCCAGUAAAGAAACUCGCUUAAUAUUCAUUACGUCUGCGAUCGAGCUUCUGAGGAAAGCGGAGUUUGAUGGUUUAGACCUGCACUGGGAGUUCCCCGGCUUUAACCGUAGCCCACACGAAGACAAGCAACGCUACACUGACUUGGUCCAGGAACUCCAGGAAGAGUUUAUAAAGGAAUCAAACGAGACCAACAAACCGCGAUUGCUACUUUCUGCUGUUGUAGCAUCUGGAAUAAGAAACAUUCAAGCAGGUUAUGAAAUAGAGAAGAUUUCAGAACACAUGGACUUCAUCGGUGUGAUGACCUACGAGUUCCAUGGUCCAUGGGAUCUAAAAACUGGACCUAACAGUCCACUGUACAAGAGCUCUGAUGACUAUAAUGAUGACAGAUACUUCAAUGUAGAGUUUGCAACAAAUUAUUGGAAGCAAAAUGGAGCUCCGGCAGAAAAACUCUUGGUGGGAUUCCCAACUUACGGACGGACAUUUACUCUCUGCUCUGCCGACAACAAGCCUGGUUCUGCAGCGUGUGGACCUGGCACUCCGGGGAACUGCAGCAAAGCCGCUGGCAUUUUAACAUACUCUGAGGUGUGUGACUUUUUGAAAGGAGCCCAUAAAGAAUGGAUUGAGGAACAGGAGGUUCCAUACGCAUACAAAGAUGAUGAGUGGGUUUCUUAUGACAAUUUGAGGAGCUUUGAGAAGAAGGUGGAAUGGUUGAAAAAUAACAGCUUUGGGGGUGCAAUGGUGUGGACAAUCGAUAUGGAUGAUUAUGAAGGUACUUCCUGUAACCAAGGACAAUUCCCCCUUAUUAAUAAACUCAAGGUUAUGCUUUCGUCAGGUUCUGGACCCAUGGAUGAAUCGUCAGAGACAACACCACUGCCCACUUCUUCAUCAGAUUCACAGCUAUCCGACCCCUGCCCCAAUCUGGAAUUUUGCGGAGGUAAAAAGGAUGGUAACUAUGCAGUGGAGUGUUCUGCGGACAGUUUCUAUCAGUGUACCAACAACGACACCGAGAUUCUAAUGUGCUCCAGAGGUACUUCAUACAACGCGGGCAGAGACAAAUGUGUCUGGCCACCCAGGUUAUUUCCAGCCAUUUAUUUGGCAGACAGUAACUUUUGCAAAACCAAGCCCGACGGUGCAUAUGCAAUCCCGGUUCCCUCGUACUACAAAUGCAAAGUUGGGCAGAUGCGCGUGAAGAAGUGCUCCUCUGAUCUACUCUACGAUGCAGUCAGCAAGAAAUGCAUCAGUGCAAACACAUUUAGCGACUACGAUGUGUCCUUCUGCAGUAAUAAUGAAGAUGGGACCUAUCCCAUCCUUGGCAGAUCAAACAAAUACUAUCACUGCCUGAAUAAGGAUACCAAUGUAGGGAGCUGUCCCAAGGGGAGCGUCUACAAUAAUUUCUGUAAAUGCUGAAUCUAGCGUUACGUAAAAAGAGCAAUAAAACUAAU